CACAGACCUGUCGUUGUGUGGCAUUAAUUGUGUUCAAGAUGCUGGCCAAAUCAGACGAACGUUCAAACGGGUGCAGUAUGUCUGGAUAAUGGUGUGGAGAUAUACAGGUGGUGGCGGCGUCUCACAAGCAGAACUCUUUUGAAAGGAAGUCAGAAAACAUCGAUGGGGCUCUUCAACGGGGACGUUAGGUAAUCCAGUUUUGUGAAGAGUUACCAAAGGCGUCUGACGAUCCAAGACUUCGGCGGAGUGAUUUCUGCUUUUCGCUUUAGAUGUUCUCUCGAGUGGUUUUAGACUGUGUUUACGCCUUUUGACUUUAAACUUCUUGUCUGUGGAUUUAUGUGACGGGACUUCUGUGUUUCAAACGGAUUCUUUCAAGAAGGUGGUUCACUCGUUACUUUGUGAAGAAAACAUUCAAGGAUUCAGGUACAGGUAUGUAAUAGACCUGGGUGGACAGUUGGUCAUACACGCUGACCAGUGGUCAAGGCAUAGCAGACUUUACCUCCUCUCCUCAGAACAGUUGAAGUAGACGUACUCCAUCCUAAUUUAAAGGUUGAAAUCGACAAGAUCUCCAGGGAAAUAGACCUCAGCUGUAUGUUGACACAAGGAAAUACACAAGCUCCGGAGACGUCAUCAGAGGGAUAUUAACAAGAUUCUACCAGUGUUGUCCAUUUCGUGGAUUAUGAUUCGAGUGGGAUAACUGUGAAGCGGUCAAUAUGGGUUUGAAGAUGUAUGUCGUGAUAUUGACAACUGUGUUGAUAUCUACAUGUGUCAGUCAAGAUUUGACAUUUCGGAUAGACGAGGAACAGAAGGCUGGAACGUAUGUAGGAAGUAUAUCUGAUGCCACUGAUUUGCAAUCAGCAUUAUCUGACGAUGCGAUGAGAACUCUUCGAUACAGCUUCCUCACGCAGGGGUACCCGUACAGUGCCUUGUUUACAAUUCACAACACGACAGGUGAAAUCUACACGGCUGUGAAGCUCGACAGGGAAGAUAUAUGUGGAUUCUCCUUUCAGUGUGUGUUGGAUCUAGAAGUGGCAGUUCAAUCAUCGACAAGUCAAUACUUCCGAAAGAUAUGGACAAGUGUCUAUCUACAAGAUAUCAAUGACAAUAAGCCCAUUUUCCCGAAAGCAUCCAUAGCUUUGGAAAUAUCUGAAGCUGUUUCCGUGAACUCAUCUUUGGCUAUUGAUGGGGCAGUUGAUAGAGACAUUGGAAACAACUCGCUCCAGAGUUAUGAACUAACCCCCUAUGACAGCCCAUUUACUCUACACGUGGUCAGCCGUUUGGAUGGAGGAACUAUCGUCAGCCUCGUUGUAAGGCGAACGCUGGACAGAGAAGCUGCUAGCAGUUAUCAAAUCAUAAUCUUUGCAAAAGACGGCGGAAACCCCACCUCCACCGGCAGUGUCAACGUGAAGGUCGACGUUAUUGACGUCAACGACAACGCUCCCGUUUUCUCCCCCGCUUCUUACAACGUCACGGUGCGAGAAACGACUUUGGAAAAAACGGCAAUAUUCAGGGUGACGGCAACGGACGUAGACAUCCCCGAGAACGGCGUUGCCUACUACAGGUUCAGCCCAUUACAAGCGGGUAACGUGAAACGCUACUUCGACGUCAACGCCACAACAGGGGAGGUAACUGUUGUCUCUUCUCUUGAAGGAGCCCAGGGAGAAAGGUUUAAGUUUUACGUCGAAUGUAUAGAUGGUGGGAGUCCGCCUUUAAUAUCUCAAGCUGCCGUUGAGAUAUAUGUUGAAGACACUAUCAAUAGCCCACCAUCCAUCAACCUUAAUCUGCUGUAUGGGGGUUUGGUAUCGGAAUAUGCUCAACCGGGCACCGUAGUCGCCCAUAUUGCUGUCCUUGACCUUGAUUCUGGCAGGAAUGGGAUAAUUCGGUGCGACAUCAUCAGCGAGAUGUUCGAACUACAAGGACUGGACGUUAAUGAAUAUAAGGUCAUCGUCGUGAGGCCGUUGAACAGCGAGGUGAUGAAGGAGCAUUUCGUCACGGUGACGUGUCAGGACGCAGGAAAUCCUCCCCUUAACACUACCAUCAAUUUCACGGUGCUUGUCAAGGACGAGAACGACAACUCGCCUGUGUUUAGUAAAGACGUGUACACCGCUUCUGUAGUCGAGAAUGUCAAAGGGGUCGUGAUAACAAGAGUUCGAGCCAGUGAUAAAGAUUCAGGCUCGAACGGGGAAAUCGACUAUAUUAUACCCUACGCUGAUAAAAUGGGACUGAAAGUAUUGCAAACUGGGGAAGUGAUAUCUGCUAUCGAAUUCGAUAGGGAAUUUAUGCCCAAAAUGGCUGUCCCAAUUGUAGCUCGAGAUAGAGGUUAUCCUCCGAGAAACGCGACAGCGACGUUAAUGAUUACCGUGGAUGACGUCAAUGACGUGGCGCCAAGCUUUCAGUCCAAUCUGUACAAGUUCAAGGUUAUGGAGAACCGCGCACCUGGGACUGAAAUUGACAAAGUUCAUGCUUUGGAUCUUGAUACCGGGCUGAAUGGCGAAGUCAUGUACAGCAUUGAUGACAAUUCCGAUGACCCUCCGAUUGAAAUCUUACCCGGUGGUCAGCUGCGUACUACCCGGCGUUUGGACCGCGAGAUGGUCAAGGAAUUUCAGGUUAAGGUAUGGGCAAAGGACAAUGGGGUGCCCGUUCUAAGUAGCUCAACUACAGUCGUAGUAGAAGUCGGUGAUGAAAAUGACAAUCCGCCGAAGAUACAAUCUCCCAAUCCUGCCAACUCGUCAAUCGCGAUCCCCUACCACACAAGCCCCGGAUCACCUCUUCUAUCCGUUGUUGCUAAUGAUUCUGAUGAAGGGAUCAACGCUCGUUUUCAGUUCUACGUCGCCAGGGGGCAACGCCGGGUCCCCCCAACUUGGGAGGGUCCAGAGACAAACGCUGGGGAGGAGACGGACACGUUUGGUAUCAAUAGCAACACGGGGGAGUUGCUUCUGAAAAGAAAAUUAUCAGAGGAAGAUGUCGGAAAAUACCGAAUGGUUAUCAUCGUCACUGAUCAAGGGAUUCCACAGUUGAGCUCGAAUGCUACGCUUGAGGUUCACAUUUUUGCCAGCAAUGAAACUUAUUACGAAAGCACCGGUAUGACGGAGGAAAACGCCAUCGUUGUCGUCAUCCUUGGCAGCCUCACUGGCAUCGUCACCGUGGUAGUCAUUGUCACGAUCCUCAUUAUAAAGCGGGCGGACCGGGCAAGGAAGACUCCCCGGGGGGACUCGGUACCACAGCACCCCAUCCCUGCUGAAAACGAUGAGGUUAAGGUGAAGACGCUCGACGCCAUCGUCAUCCGCAACGACGUCUCCUUCGACUCCCAGGUGUCCAGUCACAUGUCUAUAGACAGCCAUGGCAAGCUAAUACUGGGACCCGGAGAUGGCACUCAGAGCACCCAGCCUGGCGAUGACGGCAUGUAUCCGGGCAACACCACGGCAGACGAGUGGUCGACGGCGCUCAAGAUUCACAAGGAUCUCCUUAGAAUGCAUGGCGUCGAUUCUAAUAUGCCAAGACGCAGCAGCGACGAUGCCAACAGCGAUACUUCAGGGGAGACAACUACUAGUGACAGUGGUCGAGGCGGAAGUGACGAGGAUAGUCACGGACGCGUAUCCCCAGUCACUCAGAAAGUGUCAACAACCAUGUCUUCCCGCCAAAUGUAUCGUCAAAAGAAAGCAUCGGACUAUGUGAAAGGACUUGGCAAAUUGUCUACCAAUUCAUUCGGAGGAACUUUCGGUUUCGACAAAACUCCGAAUGCUAGUCAGUCCAGUAUUCGAUCAUCAAGUCAAAGACCUGCCAAGCACGUGACAUUCCAAUCGGAUCUUCCCGUUGAUCGAAAUUUUACGGAAAGUGACAAUUUCAACGAUGGCCCUUUCUAUGUGAACGGUCAUGCCCAGAAUUCCCAAGUAAUGUUCCCCGACGAUGGAAACCUCAGUUUCGACGCCAACGAUGACGACACGACGACGUCGGGAAGUUAUACCGUCGAUGACCACUUGUCCAAUGAUAUUAUAAUUCCCAGGAUGAAUGACGUCCUUGUGUAAUGCUUCGACUUUUCGACCAAAUGGAUGAAAGUGCAAUUUUGUGUUUCUGGUGAUAUGUUCGUAUUAAAACACAUCAUGCAUAAGUUUGUGUUGACAAAGGUGCUAGAUCGCAGCUAUCGUUUCACGGGCGCCACACUGCAUGCAUCAUGCAUACAGUUAUGCAUGUCA